AUGAACCGAGCGGCCGCAACGUUAUUGCGCAAGGCCUCUGGGGGUCAAUCGGCCUGUCUACGACGUCGCGGGAGACACCUGCCCUUGCGUAGAUGUCUUGCUGCUUGGGGUUCCACCUUGCAGAUAGAGCCCGGGGUCCAACGUGCGUUGGAGGAGGGACGCCCGAUCGUAGCCCUUGAAUCCACCAUCAUAUCUCACGGUAUGCCCUAUCCGGAAAAUUUAGCUAUGGCCAGGGGGGUCGAGGAUAUCAUCAGGGAGAGAGGGGCAGUCCCCGCUACGGUGGCCGUCUUGCAGGGUCGCCCGCACGUUGGGCUCACGGCGUCUCAACUGGAGUCUCUUGCUGAGGCCGGGCCUCGCGCGAGGAAGUGCUCCCGGCGCGACCUCGCCGUUGCCCUCGCCCAGGGGGUCGACGGGGCGACGACCGUGGCCGCCACGUCCUACCUCGCGUCCCUGGCUGGCGUCAAGGUGUUCGUGACGGGAGGGAUGGGGGGCGUCCACAGGGGGGCGGAGACGACGUUCGACGUGUCGGCCGACCUUGCCGAGCUAGCGCAGACGCCGAUCGUCGUCGUGUGCGCCGGGGUGAAAUCCAUCCUCGAUAUCGAGAAGACUCUCGAGGUGCUAGAGACGAACGGGGUCCCCGUGGUCUCUUUAGGCACCGAUGACUUUCCAGCUUUUUUCAGCCCGUCCAGCGGGGUGCCGUCCCCGCUUAGGCUGGAUACGCCUUCUGAGGUGGCGGCCGCGGCAAAGGCCGGGUUUGACCUCGGCAUGCGCAACGGCAUGGUUGUCGCCGUACCCAACCCUGCCCCGAUGUCCGGAGGGGCCGGCAUAGACGCAGCGAUUCACGAGGCUCUGGAACAGGCGGAAGCGAGGGGGCUCAAGGGCCGCGACAUCACCCCCUUCGUGCUUGCGAGCGUGAAUGAGACCACCGGAGGGCACUCGCUGAAGAGCAACGUCGCUUUGGUUCGACAUAACGCCAAGGUUGGAGCCGACAUCGCGGUGCAACUCGCCGCAUUGACAGGCAGACCUACUGCCCCGGAGGCUUUCCUCGCCAGGCCGACGCCAACAGCAGCGCCGCCGCUCCGCGUGGCCGUCUUCGGCGGGGCCGUGGCCGACAUCGUCUCGAAACCUCCCACGGGGACCGCGCUUACGCCCGGAACGUCUACCCCGGGAGAGACGCGGCAGAGCUUCGGUGGCGUGGGACGCAACGUGGCCGAGGGCGUCGCGAGGGUCUUGCUGGCGCGAAGGGGCGACAACGUCGCAAUGGGCAUUGACAGCAGCAGCGACGGCAGUGGCGCUGUCGUCACUCUCGCUUCCGUGGUGGGCGCGGACGAGCCGGGCAAGGGGCUCGUGGCGGGUUGCGAAGAGGCCGGAGUUAACGCGGAAGCGACGGUGGAGGUGGGGUGUUCGAGCGGUGCAGGCGACGAUGGCGGCAGCGACAAAGCAGGGACUGCGAGCUACGUGGCCGUUCUUGGAGGCGACGGUGAUUUGGUGGCAGCAGUAGCUGACAUGCGCGUUUUGGAGAGGAUGACAGCGGACUUCGUGGAGAGACACGCCAGCAUUAUCGACGGAGCGUCAGUGGUUAUCGCCGAUGGAAACCUUCCGCCGGAAGGGUUUGCGCGGGUAUCGGGGCUGUGCGCGGAAAGGAACGUUCCCCUCGUGUUUGAACCCACCUCGGUUGCGAAGUGCUCCGUCCCCUUCUCGGCUGAGGUAAACCGCACACAGCAGUGUAGGUGCUCCGCUCAAGAACGUUAGCAAAGUUGCUAUGCAUAGCUGUUAUCUCGUUGUUCAUGGUAUGUAAGGCUACCUAGCUAGCUGGGCUGUUUUCCAUCUUUGUGAGAAACGGGUGGUAGUGCUCGUUCGUCCUUGUGGCGCGGCAGAGACACGACGGCGUGGCCGCAUC